GAGCCGCUGGGUAAACAACGGCGGACGCCUCGGCGGAAAAAAAAACACAAACACCCGAGGAAUGGAGCUCCGUCACGCUUCAUGAGCGGGAGAUUCACGUCCGGUCGAGGGCAACGCUCACUAGGCAACGCUGCGCGGCUCGUCGGUGAACCACGGCGCUCGCUUAACGAUGAAAAAUAACCGAGGGCCGUCGGGUUGUGCGAGCGGCGGACUGCGGCUAGCGUUAGCUUAGCUCGUCGCAGACCGGGGCCCUUCUCCCCCCGUCGACUCUGGUUCCUCUGCCCCGGACUUGGGUUGUCAGCUUCUGCCGCCCCCCCUCUCAGCCGCCGGACGUCGUCGGACGCGAUUUGCGCACCGACCUGGCUCGUUCGACAGCCGCGGACAACGGUUUAUUCCUAUAGAAGUCCUCUUUUUGAACGUUCGCGAUAUUUUACCCCUUCCCCGGGAUUGAUCUCACAUGUUAGGAAAGGGCCGGUGACAAGACUGUUGGAGAGCGGACUGGCCCCCCCAGGUAAACUGAGAUGCCACUGAAAGACACCCAGGAAGCAUAGUGAGCGUGCUUGGUGUUUGAUCUGUGAGUACCUGCUGCCAUGAAGAGUGAGGUGUCAUCCGAGGCCCCGGGCAGACAGGAGCACCUGAAGGAGCCGCUGGUCAACCCAGAGCCAAUGGAAGCUGCCAAGAGCUUCCCUGGUAACAUGGAGGUGAUUGGAAAGGCAGGCAGCGAGUUUGCAACUUUAUGUGCCGAGUCCAGGCACAGGUCCUUGAGGGACACGGGAGCACGUAGGGACUCAGAUAGAAGCCUCCCUGGACGUAAAAAGCGCAAGAGCCAACAGGCAGGGCCUUCAGACUGCUCCCUGAAGGAGGACCACAUUAGUGAGAGUUCACUGGCCCCUCAGCGUCCCAGGGUAGAACUCUUGGAGCAGCCCAGUGAGGAUGAACAUAAUCACGAGUCCUCUUUCAGUGACUGUGCCUCUUCCCCAUCCUCCAGCCUGAGAUUUGGGGACUCUGACACUCUCAGCUCAGAGGAUGAGGGAGAGGCAGGAGCAGCCGGGGGCCAGCAUAAGGCCCCUGCGCUGACAUCCAGUGGGGGGACCGGGGCAGGGUUGCGCCCUGUUUUGGGUCGAACUCGAGGGAGUCGCUCACAAAAGUGGGUGCGGUCAGAGGCUGAGCCGGUGCUGCUGAAACGACCGUGUCCUAGCAGCAGGCGACCUCUACAUAGGAAGCGCUUUGUCAAACCUGGUGGGGCCCAGCGGACCCAGAAGCAAAAAGAGCGACUGCUUCUCCAGAGGAAGAAACGCGAAGUGAUUGCUCGUAGGAAAUAUGCCCUGCUCCACAGCACCAGUAGCUCGAGUGAGGAGCUGAGUAGCGAGUCGUCUUCCCCCUCCUCCACAGAAGCAGAGGAUGAACUGUACGUAGACGUUAGCAGUACCAGCAGCCAGCCCAACAGCACUGCUGUAGCCACAGGUGCCCUGGAUGAGGACGUUGUGGUGAUUGAAGCAACUCCGGCUCCGCCUCCCCCAGUUCCCGCCAGUGAGGAGAUCAACGUUACCUCCACAGAUAGUGAGGUGGAGAUAGUCACAGUGGGAGAUGGCUUCAGGUCUCGCUCAGUCGGAGGUCUUGGUAGGAUUUGGGCCACCAGUUGCUCCCAGAACCGACUCCAGGAGCCACGCGGACGCCACCGGCUCUCCACCGUUAUCCAGCCUCUGCGGCAGAGCGCUGGCGAGGUCGUGGACCUCACCGUGGAUGAGGAUGAUCUCUCAGUGGUGCCUACCACCUCUGGCAGUAUUCACCCUCAAACAGUCAGGUCAUCCUCAUCUUCAUCUUCCCAUCAUGCCUCUACCUCAGAGCUCAAUGAUGCCCCUGGCCCUUCCACGAGCUGCCCUGACAGCACACACCCGCAGGGAUCAAAUGGCUCCACCCGCACAGCCACAGAGGAUGACAGCAGACAGAGUUUUUCGAGCACAGCAGGAGAGAGUGGAGGGCCAGCCAUGCCUAGGCUGCCCUCAUGCUGUCAGCAGCACUCUCCAUGUGGAGGUCCGUCCCCCGGUCACCUGCCCCUCAGCCACUCUCAUUCCAGCUGCCUGCAGGCCUCCUCUUCCUCUCAGCAAACCAGCAGCUCCCAGCAUGCCCACAGCCACAGCCACAGCAAUGCUCACCACUUCCUCCACCACCUCCACCACCCAGCCCCACAGCCCGCAACCACCAUGCCCUUCCAGGAGUCUGUCUGUCCUGUGGAGCGGCCUACUGCUCUGCCUGCACCCUGCGCUGGAGUCAGUGCCAGCAGCACCAAUAGCAGCAACAGCACGGCAACCCACUUCCAUGACCAGCAGACUCUGCCCGUUGACCUGAGCAACAGCAGCGUACGGAGCAAUGGAAGCAGUGGAGCUGGUUUCCAUGGCAACACCUCGGCCUUUGACCCCUGCUGCCCAGGCUCCGCCUCCCGGCCUCCCACUUAUGUUUCCCAGGCAACUCCUGGGCCCAGCCAGCCCACCGGUGUGGACUCCUUUAGCUCCUCCAUGGUUGCUCAGCCCCAGUCCCAGCUGUCCUCAUGUAGACAUUACAUGCACCCCUCCUAUGGCCCCCUAGCACGCUCACUGCACCAUCAGCCCUCCUCCGCCUGUCCCCAUUCCCAUGGAAACCCCCCACCUCCCCCUGCCCCCCAGCCUCCUCCGCAGGGGGAUUAUGUCAUCCCCCACCCAGUGCACCCGUUCCACACACCCCUGCCCUCCCACCCCUCAGGGCACACUGUGCCCACUGCCCCUCCCCCUUCCCUGCCUGCCCACCACCUCUCAGGCACCAGUGCCCCACUGGCCCAACACCUGCCCGCGGAUCACCAGACCCUGCCGCACCACAUGCCACCACUGGGGGCAUCGGUGCAGAGGCUGCAUCAGCACGAGAUGCUGCAGAGGAUGGAGGUCCAGCGACGCAGGCUGAUGCAGCACCCCACACGGGCACACGAGCGCCCUCCCCCACACCCCCACAGAAUGCACCCCAACUACGGCCAUGGACACCACAUCCACGUGCCCCAGACCAUGUCUUCCCACCCUCGGCAGGCGGAGCAGCGGACGGCCUGGGAGCUGGGCAUCGAGGCUGGAGUUACUGUGACACCAUACCCAUCAGGGCACCUCCACCCCCACCUUUCACACUACCACGCUCCCCCCCGGCUGCACCACUUCCCCAUCCCCUUCAUGCACGCUGGCAUAUCUGAAGUGACCUACCCGCACAUCCGGUACAUCUCAUCCCGAAUGACUGGCUUUGGAAGAACCUACGAGGAUCUGCUGCAUCUAGAGGAGAGACUGGGGACUGUGAACCGCGGCGCGUCCCAGGGAACAAUAGAGAGGUGCACUUACCCACACAAGUACAAAAAGAAGGUGUUGGAGAGAGACAUUGACCAACAGUUAACCCCCGAAGCAUGGGCAUCUAUUGGGAAAAAUAUGCACCCAACCCCAGAAUCGAGGAAGCUGCAUGGCAAGCAAGAGGAUGAUGAGGGUGCAGAUGAAGACACUGAGGAGAAAUGUACCAUCUGUCUGUCUAUACUGGAGGAAGGGGAGGACGUCAGACGCCUACCAUGUAUGCACCUCUUCCAUCAGCUGUGUGUGGACCAGUGGCUCCUCACCAAUAAGAAGUGCCCCAUCUGCAGGGUGGACAUCGAGGCACAGCUGUCUGCUGAGAGUUGAUGCUGUUUUUCUAACCAGCCCUUUUGUCGAAAUGUUCUUUUCGUUCGUAACCAUUUUAAUUUUCUCUUCAGUACUGCAGUCAACCAAAGAUGGCAUGAAUAAUACCUGCGCCGCUCUUCUACGAGAAACAAACUCAAUAAACCCCAACAGAGUGCCAGCUAUCACCUAUUACCCCAGCUAGAGUUCUCCAUUAAGGAUUGGAAAUUUUGUUGUAUUUAUAAAGCUUUUCUGUAGCUUUUACUCGUUUCCUUAGGUGUCAUCGUUUUGUUCUCUGGUUUUGCGCAUGUUUCCUCGCAAUGCGUUUCUUUGCACAUAUAACGCAGGCCCGAGGUGGCCUGACAACUGCAGGUGAGGAGAGCUGCUCCGGUAAAGAAGCAUUUCUGUAAACCUAAUGCCUUGCUUUACUGGAAUAGAAUGUCAACCUCCGUUUUCAAAACGUUGCAGGAUUCAUUUUGCCAAUCAUUGUAUUGAUUAGUUAAUGUUUAGAAGAUGUGGAUUGUUAGUGAAGUAAGUAAAUCAAGACAUUCCUGACUAGGAAAGUAUCGUUAACAGAUCAGCUGCUGUAUUAGUGCAUCCCCAGUAUUUUUAGAGUGAAUUAAGCUCCGAUGUUCACCUCACUCCCAAAAUAUGCACAUGCUUGGCUACCGUUACACCUCCCUCCUGCACAUUCAUUUUACUAAACGCAAUUAAAAAAAAACUUAUCUAAUGUAUUUUAGAGAGAAAAAAGAAAAUGAAUGUCACAUCUGUCUCUUGACUGUUCUUUUUUUAAUCCGACGAUUGUUGAGGUCUGCUGAGAGUCUAGUUUGUGUUUUACAGGGAUUUCCCCCCUGCGGACGGAGGGGCUGAGAUGUUUAGUGGGGGGGU